AUGUCUCCCGUCUGGCUGGGCAGCGACUACGUAGUUUUCACCCGGAAUAUGCCCCAGCGGCUAUGUCAUCGCGACCACCUCGAAAAACAUGGCAGGGACUAUGACGGAGACUGUCGCAACAUGCUGGAUGUUAAUUCAAACACGUACUCCAUUCGACCGAGCGCAACGUCGACAGAGUCCUGGUGGGCGACUGAGUUGUGUGCCUGGGGACCUCCGACGGACGCUGCGACGAGCUAUACCUACACGUCGAUCGGCACGGACGGGCGGGAGACGAGUAAACCUGGUACUAUGAGGAGCCCAGGCUCGUUCAAUGCUUAUGGUGUGGAGGUUCGAUGGCAGUCAACUGAUUUCACCAGCCCGCCAGCUACCAGGGCCGUGACCACCACACAAGCUACGCCAGCUGAGACACAAAGCUCUACAGGAGAUUCAUCCAGCCUCAGCACGGGCGCGAAAGUGGGCAUCGGCCUGGGUGUCACUGCCGGGGUGGUUUUAGCAACGGCCCUUGCGCUGGGCUUAUUAUGGUCCCGGCGACGAAGACGCCAACAGCCCAAUGCGACGCACGAUCAGCCUGGGAAUUCCGAUUACAGUGAACUGGCUGAAUUGCCAGGCACAAGGCAUAGACCACUCACUUAUGAAAAGGCAGAGUUACCUGCCGAUUCUGCACGAAGUCAGACAAGACGAUUUGAGCUGGACGGGGAAAGGUCUACAUGA